AUGUUACUCCAGGUUGACAAUGUGACCCUGGCUCGCCGCGGAGAGCAGGUCGACGGCACCCUCCAUCUGACCCCUCACCACCUCAUAUUUUCGCAUACUCCACCGAUCUCCCCGGAAGAUUCGAUAAAGGGGGUGGUAAUAAGGCCCAAAGAACUCUGGAUUACUUAUCCCAUCAUCGCUUUCUGCACCCUGCGACCAGCUCCCGCCGCCUCCCGCCAGCUCUCUUCCAUUCGCCUUCGAUGCCGAGACUUCACAUUCGUCUGCUUUUACUUUGUAAAUGAGCAUAAAGCACGUGAUGUAUUCGAAAGCAUCAAGCAGUGGACAUGCAAAUCCGGUCGCAUAGACAAACUCUACGCCUUCAGCUACCAGCCCCCGCCACCAGAGAAGGAGUUUAAUGGUUGGGAGCUCUAUGACCCGCGCAAAGAAUGGGCCCGCCAGGGCUGCUUAGAGGAAGGAAAGGCAUGGCGUCUAUCAGAGAUUAACUUCUCCCCGACAUAUCCCGCUCUUAUCCCUGUACCGAGCUCCAUCUCCGACAAUACACUUAAUUACGCUGGGCGCUAUCGCUCUCGGGCACGGAUACCUGCUCUCACAUACUUCCACCCUGUCAAUAAUUGCACUAUUACCAGGAGCUCGCAGCCGCUGGUCGGUGUCCGCCAGCACCGGAGUAUCCAAGACGAAAAGCUUCUUUCUGCUAUUUUCAUGACUUCUCGCACCGAGCGGCCGCUGGCGAGCUUCUCUACUCCGGAGAAAGAUGCGGAUAACAGCAGUCCGGAGACGAGCCAGGUUAUGGUCCCAGAGUUGAACAAUGCCGAGGAACUUGAGGACGAUCUACUAGCCGCUGGGAGCGGUGGCAUCGAAGAGCAGAGCUCGAUAUAUGGUGCCCAGCAGUCCAACUUGAUUGUGGAUGCACGCCCCACGGUAAAUGCAUUUGCCAUGCAAGCCGUUGGGCUUGGAUCCGAAAACAUGGACAAUUACAAAUUCGCCACGAAAGCUUAUCUUGGUAUUGAUAACAUCCAUGUCAUGCGAGACUCCCUGAACAAGGUUAUCGAUACCUUGAAAGAGUCCGAUGUUACCCCCUUAGGACCCAAUCGUGACCAACUAGCACGCAGCGGCUGGUUGAAACACAUUGGUGGGAUCUUGGACGGGGCCAGACUGAUCACUCGUCAAGUUGGACUAACUCAUUCCCAUGUCCUAAUUCACUGCUCUGAUGGCUGGGAUCGCACGAGUCAGCUUAGUGCACUGAGUCAGAUCUGUUUGGAUCCUUACUUCCGGACAUUGGAGGGCUUUAUGGUUCUGGUAGAGAAAGACUGGCUUUCAUUUGGACACAUGUUCAGACACCGGUCUGGUCAUCUGAACUGCGAGAAAUGGUUCCAGAUCGAAAAUGAACGCAUCGGCGGAGACCCCAACCGUGCCUUUGGUGACGGUGGGGGUGCAGGGAAAGCGAUUGAAAAUGCUUUCCUUAGUGCCAAAGGCUUCUUCAACCGCGACAACACUAGCCGUAACUCUUUGCCGGACUCAGAUGGAGAACUUCAAAAUUACGAGUCUGACACACCUCCCGAGAAGCCUACUGCGCCGCGCUCGGGCGUAUCUGAGAAGGAGGUGACUAAACCGAAGGAAACAAGUCCUGUGUUCCACCAGUUCCUGGACGCGACUUAUCAGCUGCUUCACCAGUAUCCAACAAGAUUUGAGUUUAAUGAGCGUUUCCUACGACGGCUUCUCUAUCAUCUUUACUCCUGCCAGUUUGGCACAUUCUUGUUCAACAAUGAAAAAGAGCGGGUGGAUUGCAAGGCCAGCGAACGAACUCGCAGUGUCUGGGAUUACUUCCUCGCCCGUCGGGAACAAUUCACAAAUCCUCAAUAUGAUCCUGUGAUCGAUGAUCAUCAGCGCGGCAAAGAACGACUUAUCUUCCCCCGGGUCAACGAAACCAGAUGGUGGAAUGAGGUAUUUGGUCGAACAGAUGCGGAAAUGAAUGGCCCUCGUCCCUCGGGGGCUCCCAGGGACAACUCGCAAAGCCCGGUGUUGACGGGGAUUGAAACCGCAGGGUCGAACAAUACUGUUAAAAGCACUGCUGCGUCGGGGGUGUCAGCUGUGACGUCGGGUGUAUCGAAACUUGCAUUUCCAGCGGAGCGCACCGAACAGCCGACCGAGGUGGGAGUAGAGAUGCAAUGA